AUGAAGGUCUUUUUGCUCCUGUCUCUGCUGGCUCCUGUAGCCGUCCUCUCUCAGUUCUACCUCCCUCUAGACUGUGAUGAACUCUAUCAAUAUGACAACACCAAACCCAGUGGGGUGUACACCAUCUACCCUGGGGGUCCCACCACCCCCUUACACGUCUACUGUGACAUGAACACGGAGGGAGGGAGGUGGACUGUGUUCCAGAGGAGAAUGGAUGGAACAGAGAACUUCUUCAGACCCUGGGAAACCUACAAAUCUGGCUUUGGGAACGUGGCUGGAGAAUACUGGCUUGGUCUGGACAACAUCUUCCUCCUGACGAUGAGGAAGAAGAAUGAGCUGAGAGUGGACAUGGAGGACUUUGAGGGAGGGAAAGUUUCUGCUAAAUACACGUCCUUCUCCAUUGAUCCUGAGAACUACGGAUACACACUGAGACUGGGCAGUUAUGUAGACGGAGGGGCAGGGGACUCCAUGUCAUAUAGCAACGGCAUGAAGUUCAGCACCUACGACAAAGACCAAGAUACCUGGAGUGACAACUGUGCCAGGCGCAACAUGGGUGGAUUCUGGUACGGUGCCUGUACGCAUGCUAACCCUAACUCCCUGUACGCCCCACAUCAGGGAACUUCUUUAGCUAAUAUGAAGUUUUUUUGGCAGCACUGGAAAGGGGUAGACUACUCUCUGAAAAGCAUUUCCUUUAAGAUCAGGGCUGUCUCUGAUGCUGUGGCUGUUCAGGAGCAGGAGUAACAUACCUGACUCUAUCAGUCCUGACCUAAUGUCACCAUCUCUAAAUGACUCCACAAAUACAAUGUGGAGGAGGGGGCACCAGAGCUAGCCAGUCACUACAUUAUCACUGUAACACUAACACCUAGAGAACAAUAUGGUCACUACAUUAUCACUGUAACACUAACACCUAGAGAACAAUAUGGUCACUACAUAAUCACUAUAACACUAACACCUAGAGAACAAUGCAGUCACUACAUUAUCACUAUUACACUAACACCUAGGAUCAAUACGGUCACUACAUUAUCACUGUAACACUGACACCUAGAGAACAAUAUGGUCACUACAUUAUCACUGUAACACUAACACCUAGAGAACAAUACGGUCACUACAUUACACUGACACCUAGAGAACAAUAUGGUCACUACAUUAUCACUAUUACACUGACACCUAGAGGACAAUACAGUCACUACAUCAUCACUAUAACACUAACACCUAGAGAACAAUACGGUCACUACAUUACACUAACACCUAGAGAACAAUAUGGUCACUACAUUAUCACUGUAACACUGACACCUAGAGAACAAUAUGGUCACUACAUUAUCACUGUAACACUGACACAUAGAGAACAAUAUGGUCACUACAUUAUCACUGUAACACUAACACCUAGAGAACAGUACGGUCACUACAUUAUCACUGUAACACUGACACCUAGAGAACAAUAUGGUCACUACAUUAUCACUGUAACACUGACACCUAGAGAACAAUAUGGUCACUACAUUACACUAACACCUAGAGAACAAUAUGGUCAUUACAUUAUCACUAUUACACUGACACCUAGAGAACAAUAUGGUCACUACAUUAUCACUAUUACACUGGCACCUAGAGAACAAUACGGUCACCACAUUAUCACUAUUACACUGACACCUAGAGAACAAUAUGGUCACUACAUUAUCACUAACACCUAGAGAACAAUAUGGUCAUUACAUUAUCACUAUUACACUGGCACCUAGAGAACAAUAUGGUAACUACAUUAUCACUAUUACACUAACACCUAGAGAACAAUACGGACACCACAUUAUCACUGUAACACUGACACCUAGAGAACAAUAUGGUCACUACAAUAUCACUAUUACACUAGCACCUAGAGAACAAUACGGUCACCACAUUAUCACUAUUACACUGACACCUAGAGAACAAUAUGGUCACUACAUUACACUAACACCUAGAGAACAAUAUGGUCAUUACAUUAUCACUAUUACACUAACACCUAGAGAACAAUACGGUCACCACAUUAUCACUAUUACACUGACACCUAGAGAACAAUAUGGUCACUACAUUAUCACUAACACCUAGAGAACAAUAUGGUCAUUACAUUAUCACUAUUACACUGGCACCUAGAGAACAAUAUGGUCACUACAAUAUCACUAUUACACUAGCACAUAGAGAACAAUACGGUCACCACAUUAUCACUAUUACACUGACACCUAGAGAACAAUAUGGUCACUACAUUACACUAACUCCUAGAGAACAAUAUGGUCAUUACAUUAUCACUAUUACACUAACACCUAGAGAACAAUAUGGUCAUUACAUUAUCACUAUUACACUGACACCUAGAGAACAAUAUGGUCACUACAUCAUCACUAUUACACUGGCACCUAGAGAACAAUAUGGUCACUACAUUAUCACUAUUACACUAACACCUAGAGAACAAUACGGUCACAACAUUAUCACUAUUACACUGGCACCUAGAGAACAAUAUGGUCACUACAUUAUCACUAUUACACUAACACCUAGAGAACAAUACGGUCACCACAUUAUCACUAUUACACUAACACCUAGAGAACAAUAUGGUCACUACAUCAUCACUAUUACACUGGCACCUAGAGAACAAUAUGGUCACUACAUUAUCACUAUUACACUGACACCUAGAGAACAAUAUGGUCACUACAAUAUCACUAUUACACUAGCACCUAGAGAACAAUACGGUCACCACAUUAUCACUAUUACACUGACACCUAGAGAACAAUAUGGUCACUACAUUACACUAACACCUAGAGAACAAUAUGGUCAUUACAUUAUCACUAUUACACUAACACCUAGAGAACAAUACGGUCACCACAUUAUCACUAUUACACUUACACCUAGAGAACAAUAUGGUCACUACAUUAUCACUAACACCUAGAGAACAAUAUGGUCAUUACAUUAUCACUAUUACACUGGCACCUAGAGAACAAUAUGGUCACUACAAUAUCACUAUUACACUAGCACCUAGAGAACAAUACGGUCACCACAUUAUCACUAUUACACUGACACCUAGAGAACAAUAUGGUCACUACAUUACACUAACUCCUAGAGAACAAUAUGGUCAUUACAUUAUCACUAUUACACUAACACCUAGAGAACAAUAUGGUCAUUACAUUAUCACUAUUACACUGACACCUAGAGAACAAUAUGGUCACUACAUCAUCACUAUUACACUGGCACCUAGAGAACAAUAUGGUCACUACAUUAUCACUAUUACACUAACACCUAGAGAACAAUACGGUCACAACAUUAUCACUAUUACACUGGCACCUAGAGAACAAUAUGGUCACUACAUUAUCACUAUUACACUAACACCUAGAGAACAAUACGGUCACCACAUUAUCACUAUUACACUAACACCUAGAGAACAAUAUGGUCACUACAUCAUCACUAUUACACUGGCACCUAGAGAACAAUAUGGUCAAUACAUUAUCACUAUUACACUGACACCUAGAGAACAAUAUGGUCACUACAUUAUCACUAUUACACUAACACCUAGAGAACAAUAUGGUCACUACAUUAUCACUAACACCCAGAGAACAAUAUGGUCAUUACAUUAUCACUAUUACACUGGCACCUAGAGAACAAUAUGGUCACUACAAUAUCACUAUUACACUAGCACCUAGAGAACAAUACGGUCACCACAUUAUCACUAUUACACUGACACCUAGAGAACAAUAUGGUCACUACAUUACACUAACUCCUAGAGAACAAUAUGGUCAUUACAUUAUCACUAUUACACUAACACCUAGAGAACAAUAUGGUCAUUACAUUAUCACUAUUACACUGACACCUAGAGAACAAUAUGGUCACUACAUCAUCACUAUUACACUGGCACCUAGAGAACAAUAUGGUCACUACAUUAUCACUAUUACACUAACACCUAGAGAACAAUACGGUCACAACAUUAUCACUAUUACACUGGCACCUAGAGAACAAUAUGGUCACUACAUUAUCACUAUUACACUAACACCUAGAGAACAAUACGGUCACCACAUUAUCACUAUUACACUAACACCUAGAGAACAAUAUGGUCACUACAUUAUCACUAUUACACUAACACCUAGAGAACAAUAUGGUCACUACAUCAUCACUAUUACACUGGCACCUAGAGAACAAUAUGGUCACUACAUUAUCACUAUUACACUGACACCUAGAGAACAAUAUGGUCACUACAUUAUCACUAUUACACUAACACCUAGAGAACAAUACGGUCACCACAUUAUCACUAUUACACUAACACCUAGAGAACAAUAUGGUCACUACAUUAUCACUAUUACACUAACACCUAGAGAAAAAAUAUGGUCAAUGUUAUAGCAGCACGAUGGGCUCUCUAUCUCUUAUAUGGUCACUAUAUCAUCACUAUUGUUAUCAUCUUGGAUGUUAAAGUAGCGUUUCAUGUUAUAGCAGCACGAUGGGCUCUCUGUCUCUUAUAUGGUCACUACAGCAUCACUAUUAUUAUCAUCUUGGAUGUUAAAGUAGUGUUUCAUGUUAUAGCAGCACGAUGGGCUCUCUGUCUCUUAUAUGGUCACUACAGCAUCACUAUUGUUAUCAUCUUGGAUGUUAAAGUGGUGUUUCAUGUUAUUGCAGCAUGAUGGGCUCUCUGUCUCUUAUAUGGUCACUAUAUCAUCACUAUUGUUAUCAUCUUGGAUGUUAAAGUGGUGUUUCAUGUUAUAGCAGCACGAUGGGCUCUCUGUCUCUUAUAUGGUCACUAUAUCAUCACUAUUGUUAUCAUCUUGGAUGUUAAAGUGGUGUUUCAUGUUAUAGCAGCACGAUGGGCUCUCUGUCUCUUAUAUGGUCACUAUAUCAUCACUAUUGUUAUCAUCUUGGAUGUUAAAGUAGCGUUUCAUGUUAUAGCAGCAUGAUGGGCUCUCUGUCUCUUAUAUGGUCACUACAUCAUCACUACAACACUGACACCUAGAGAACAAUAUGGUCACUAUAUCAUCACUAUUGUUAUCAUCUUGGAUGUUAAAGUAGCGUUUCAUGUUAUAGCAGCACGAUGGGCUCUCUGUCUCUUGAUUCCACUGUUACUUGACUCAAAUAAUAAUUAAAGCAUUUCA